AUGAGGCAAGUCAAUACUGGCGUUGCUGCUGGCCUCGUUCUCCUACAUGGUGUCAAUACUCAAGAAUGUCAAACAACGACCCUCUCCAGUAGCGUUCCUACUGAUGGCAAUGUCGCCCUUGCUUCAUACAGCUAUUGUGGAGGAAUCUUGAACACCACUGCAUUCAUUAGCAAUCUGGCAUACAACAAGCAAGUUACACUCUAUUACACCGACAGAGAGGGCGAGAGUACUCCACUGUCUUCCGUUGGACUGGGCUAUCAAAGCGGCGUCGAGGGGACCAACUUCGAGCUAUGGUCCUCGAGUUCACCUGCAUAUGUGGAUGGCGUUCAGGAGCUACUCAAUCUGACAUAUGUUGUUGUCGAUCUUGCCAUUGAAAGUGGACCUCCCGAACCCACUUUGCCUGGCCCGCCUGCUCCUUAUGCUACACCCAAAGGUUUUGGAGACGACAUUACUACAUUCUUGGCAGUGGAAGCUGGAUCUCAACUAGAGAAAUCUUUCACGAAGAUGUUCGUCAACAUCAACCCAGCUGUCGAAGGAGCUGUAGAUGGCGUCGUGAUUGCCGGACGAAGCGGCUCACCGUUCGAGUCAAAAUUACCCGAUUAUGCGUACGAUUGGGUGCGAGAUUCGUCUCUAACGAUGGAAGUCGUCGAGACGUUGUAUGCUGCUGCUGCGAGCAAUUCUACUGCAAAGUCCCAAUAUGAGACUAUGCUCUUCCAAUACGCUGCGGCACGAGCAGCCGAGCAGACUGAACCAAAUCUUCAGACUGGUCUCGGAGAACCAAAGUUCUACCUAAACAACACCAUCUUCAGCGGUCCUUGGGGUCGUCCACAGAACGACGGGCCGGCCACGGCUGCCAUCACACUUAUUGAAUUUGCCCAGAGCUACAUGGCUGCAGGUGGCAACAUCACGACGGUGAAGCAGCAACUUUACGAUUCGAUCAACUUCCCAGAUUCAGCGCCAAUUCAGAAGGACUUGCUCUUCGUCGCAAGUAAUUGGACCAGCUCUUCUUUUGACUUGUGGGAAGAGGUCAACACGGACAACUUCUACACUCGGAUGGUUCAGCGCAAAGCUCUUAUUCUUGGUGCGAAGUUCGCUUCCGAUAUGGAUGACACCGGAACUGCUACAACACUAUCAGUGGCCGCCGAUGCAAUCUCGGCUACAAUGGAAAUCUUCUGGAACGAGGGAAGAAAGAUACUGCUAUAUGAGUACGGUCCAGUACUUCUCAGCAAGUCCAGCUAUCUGGAUGCCGCAGUACCUCUUGGUAUCAUUCACGGCUACGCAGAUGAUGGCGUGUUCAGCUACACCAACGACCAGGUGCAGUCGACGAUUGUGCGAUUCGUCACUUCUUUCAUCACUGAAUAUGCCAUUGCCAACAAUACUCAACAAGACUCGGCGGGACUGACACUUGGCAUUCCCGUUGGUAGGUACCCUGAGGAUGUCUACACUGGCGUUGGAACAGAGGAAGACGGCGGAAAUGCGUGGUACCUGACCACUGCAGCCGUAGCCCAAUACCUCUGGGCAACGUCGGCGGAGUACACCGCGGAAGGAAGGAUCGUGGUCUCCGACACCUCCAGGUCAUUCUUCGACUACUUCGCCCCAGACGCCGCUCUCCAAGUCGGAACGUAUGCGAGCGAUACCGCCGAGUUUGCAUCGACCAUUGAAAGUUUGAAUGGCUGGGGAGACGCAUUCAUGCGUACUGUCAAGUUAUACACUCCAGCCGAUGGCUCGUUGACCGAGCAGUACAACCGCAAUACUGGAGCGCCGCAAGGCUGUAAGGAUCUCACUUGGUCGUAUGCAAGUCUGCUGACGGCAUCCUUCCAGCGUGCCAAGCUGCGUGGUGACGCGAAGUACGUUGAGAAUUUAGCCAAUCUUGGAGUCAAUCUGAACAUUUAG